AUGCAGAACACCCAGGCGACAUUGAGACGGCGAGGAGUGAAUGUGUCGACAGCGCUUCCGAUGCACCUCCUAGGUUUUAGUAAAGGAGGCAUUGUGUUGAAUCAACUGGUGACGGAGCUCGUGCGCUACUCUUUCAGCACGAAGCGGUCAAAUAGUGGCCAGAUUCGACAGGGAUCUGCUUUUGCUAGUACUCGACAAUUUUUCUCUGCGAUCAAUUCAAUCCAUUGGCUCGACUCCGGUAACGGCUCACUGGAAGGCGCUAUGCCCACGGAAGAGCUGGCGUUGUCAAUCCUCUCGCAAUACGAACAACUUCGGCUGUUCGUUCACGUGACGCCGUAUCAAUAUGAGGCUACGACUCGGCCGUGGAUAAAGACUGAAGUGAAUGGCUUCGUGAACAAGAUGGACCUACUUGGCGCUGAUAUCCAACUUAUUAUCUAUUUCGAGGGCGAUGAGGGAUCGUUAGCAUCUCACUUCCACAUUUUGCAAGAUUUUGAGGCCAGUCGUUCGUUCAAAGCCAAAGGGGAAGGACUCACGAGCUCCCCAGAGCAUGCCGUACAACCUGUUCGGAUUCAGGUGUGCAAAUAA